UUGCGAAAUAUACGAAAAGAGCAAGCGAUGGACCAUCAUGAAAACACGCGUGUAGUUUCAAAUAAAGUACUAAAGUAAAGUUAAAUUAUCCCUGGAUAAAGUAAAAAAUCAAAAUUCCUUAACCUAAAAAGUGUAUAAUAGUGAUUUGUGAAAAGUGAAAAAAGUGGAGCAAAUUUUAAGUUUGACAGUAGAUUAUGAAAAAUGACAGAAAUUUGCUGAUUGUGGAAGUAUAUGAUGGACUUGUAAAAAUAUUUAGAUCAGCUCGAAUAAACUCAAAUAAACAUUCCUAUGGAAGACACUUUAUAUUACUGUGAAAAGUGUUUACAAUAAAAAGCGAUUUUUCCAAACAAUCGAUAUGUCACUGUCCCGUAGAUGCCAAUGAAAUUUUCCGACGACGUGGAAAAAACUUCACUGGUGCACAUCGAAGCUCUCUGGAAUUUUCUCAUAAGUAAUAACUUUGGAAAGCGGCUUUUCGAGAUUAAGAUGUCACGUCCGAUGAAUAUGUUGAGGACAAGGCGGAAAGAUUGUAACGUUAAACCCAAUAGACGGGAUAAUAACAGGGCAACUAGGUUGGAUCGAAAAUCUUCACGGGGAAUGAUAUACGAAAAUGAGGAACUUCGACUGAAAACCAUUAAUAUAAACGCUGAAGUUGAAAGUAGACAAUCUGAUAUAAAGAAACUGAAGAAAGAAAACGAAAUGUUAAAGAAGGGUUUAUGGUAUCUAAGAGACGAAUAUGAUAAAUUGGAAAAAUUAAUAAAAGACAAAAAGUUGGAUUUUUCUUCGUCUUCUACAACAGGAUCAACAUCUAGUGAUUCGGAGAGUUACAGUUCGUACAGCGAAGAUGGCGAAGAAGUAGAAACUACCCAAAACAUGAAAAACGUCCAACGAACAAAUCUAAAAAAUCUCCAAGAUCAAUUCGAUCAUCUAUCCGUGGUAACAGAAGAAACAAGCGCUGAGAAUUCAGAUCUACACUCCAAUAGAGCUUCACUAAACCAAGACCAUUGGACCAAUUGUGAAGAUAUCCUCAAACCAGAUCAAAGUUACCCAGAGUUUAGAUCCCUCGCUAAAUCUCCAACUCUUCCAAUGUCAGACAACGUUCCAGUCAACUUUUUCUCUCCUAUACGAUCAUCAAAAAGCUACGACGGAAUCAAAGAGCAGUGCGACGAAGUCAUAUACCCAGGUGAAAUUUACAAUAACCAAUUUAGGAAUUCCACUGGGAGUAUGUUGGAUCCCACUGUUGAAAUUAACAAUGAAAUAAAUAAUGAAAGCAACUAUGUCAGCAACAGAAUCGUUAAGACUAACGCUACGAAUUUUUACCAAAAUAUGGUGUUAGUGGCAAAAACAGCAUCGAGUCCAGAGAUCCAAGUAUCGGGAUUAGAAAAAUCGGCCACGGAUUUACUGGUUAAAUUAGACAAUCAAAAUUUUAAUGAUACGCCUCUUGUGUUCAGUAAUACUCCAAGUCAAAGUACCUUCUCCAAUGGGGGAAACUUGGAAGAGUUGUUGCAAGAUAUUGAAUCAAUAUCUCAAGAAAUUUUGAAGAUAUCAAAUUUGCAGAAAGCUGCUCGCCAUCCUCCAGCAGAAUACGGAUAUCCAGAAGAUAGUUAUUAUAGACAAGGAGAAAACCUCCAAAUCUACAAUGGGAAGGAACCGGACGACAGAGCUUUCAAGAGUGAACUGAAUGUUGUCUUGGUGCCUAAGCCGAUGCCUUUGAUAGGGUUAGACAAGUACAAGAACGUUCAAAGAAGCAUGGAGAAUUUGCAGACCAAAAUACCAGAUGAUGCCAACACUCCUCAACUUCACCUAAUGUUAAGUCAACCACCAAUAAUUCCAGUAGAUGCAACUAACAUAAGCAAUAAUACUCCAUCUGGACUAGGGUCUGCACAAAUUCUAGAUCCUGGCGUGUUUCAAAAUCAGGAAAUAGAGCGAAAUCCGUUUUUCUUCGGGAACUUUAAAGACAACUACGUGAACGCUGAUCACUUUAGUAUGAGAUAUAAUCCAGAUAAUUUCUUGAUAACCAAUGAUAAUACUCAAGAGAUGGAAACCAACAAAUUUAAUCCGGAAAACGUGAUAAGAAACGAUCAACCACAAAAUUUUAGAGCCGAGAACAAACAGAUUGGAGAAAUUGAUAAAUCUAAUCAACAAAGUGGUUCAAAAACAAAUCUUCUCGACCUGACGUCAUCUGAACACGUAUCAAGUGAAAACGACGAAAAAUUGAAAUCUAAAACAGAAAAACAAGAAGAAAAAAAUUCCAAAAAGACAGAAGAACCUAUACCUAAACCGAAGUCUUCGAAACUGAGUAUCAGAAAAAAAGUAUCGAUACACUUGAAAGGUAAAAAAGAAAAAAACAAAUUAUCCUACAGUUCCGAUUCGUCCAUUCCAAAAACUCCAAACGAACGAAGAAGCUCCAUUUUGGACGUCAGGUUCAAUGAUAAAGAUAAAAUUGUCCAUCAGAAAACUCCUAGUCUAGAAACACAAAAAUCAAUUACUGAAACCAACAAUGAACCGAAGACGCCAUCUAGUUCGGAAAGCAAGAACAGUAGCGAUAAAAAGUCGGAUAAGAAAGAAACAGGGAGCGAUAAAAAGUCUAGGAAAAGUACUUCUAUAAGUCCAGAUAGAAAGCAUGUUCAGCUGAAAGAAGAAGGUCAGUCAAAGAAGCAUAAAAAGCAUCGAAAAGCAGAAAGAAGUCGACAACGACGACACAGCAAUGCCGCAGAUCAACGGAUGAUUAGAGAACGUUCCUUCAGCAUAUGCACAGACCGUUCGAAUAUAUUAGAGCACCGGUUAGGGUUAGGAUUCGGUUCCAAUCUCUAUUUCGACGAUUUUUCGGACCGAGAAAGGACAAACAGUCUCAGCAGUUGCGACACGGCGGAACAUCGAAGGAAAAUGUCGACAUUGCCCAAUGUAGCGUUAAGCGGAAAAGUGCCUUGGUGCGGAUGUUGGGGGAACGGUUGUUUGUGAUGAUGUGUAUCAUUAUAUAAAGCAAUAAGAGACUACAUAAUGUAUAUUUCACGAAUUUGCGACAAUAUUGUAUUUUUACCACACACUCACAGCCAAUCGCGCACUCUUCUAUACAGCGAGCACGUAAAGAUUGGAAUAAAUUCAUUUUCUCGAGAACGGACGAUUUUGGAAAAAAAUUCUGAAACAGGUCAAUUUUUAUUUUUAAAUUACGACUUCUACGACGUCAUCUACGACGUCAUCCAUCUGAGCGUGAUGACGUCAUCGAUGAUUUUUUUAAAUGAGAAUAGUGGUCGUGUGA